ACUGCUGCUACUACUACUACUACUACUACAACAACAUGUACCCAUCUAUAAAUAUUAUAUAUAUAUAUCUCUCUCUGUUCCUAUGUAUAUCCACAUGUAUAAUCACCAGAAAUCAAUCAAUCGGUAUAAAGAUCCAAAGAACAAACCCCCCCUCCUCCCCUUGACUGUCGCCAGCUUCCACUGCCAUUUCGAGCCGUGCAAAACACUGCCAACCCCACCAACACCCACUAAGCCCUGUCCGAGCCGCAUCUGA